GAGAGAGAGAGAGCAAAAGGGUAGCCACUCUGGUGCACUCUGGUGGUUCUUCUCCAACGGCGUCACUGUUGCUUGGUCUCCAACAGUCCACACUGUGGCAUUGUAGCUCCUGCAAGCUUCAGCGAAAACACAGCAAACUCCGCAAGUCCCAGUGGAUUUAUCUAAAUGGACACGUCCGGAUAACUUUACUUCUGAAAGUCUUUUUUGCUUUAUGUUAACGCUUCUCGGAUUCGUGAAAGUGCUGUCACUACUUGAACUAAUAUUGUUUUCAGCUUUUGUGGACACUUGUGGAUACAUCUUUUUUAGAGAAACCUGCUUUGGUUGCCCGCACCAGAAGAACUUGCACUAAAAAAACAAUCUUGGUCAUCACAUCUGGAAACAUGGAAAGCCACUACUGCCUUUUGAACACAGCCAAACAGGACUCCCAAGCUGUGAAAUGUAAGCAGCAACUGCAAAGUCAAGAAUAACUAUUAUCGAGUGAGCAGAUUUAUGAUGCUUGUAAGGAAAGCAGAUUCUUCAGUUUUGUUAACGUGAGAAAAAACAACCUGUAGCUUAUUAUAAUGGAUGGCAACUUGAGCACUCUUGCCUCCUAUGUGCUCAACAGUACUGAUCCGUACCACGAUGCGGUGGGCCCCUGGAGCCUCAUCGUUCUGGUCAUCAUCAUACUGACCAUAGUGGUAGGAAACCUGCUGGUGAUCAUCGCUGUAGCUCGUACUUCACAGCUACAGACGACCACAAACAUUUUCAUUAUGUCCCUGGCGUGUGCUGACCUCAUCAUGGGGGUCCUCGUAGUGCCUCUGGGGGGCACUAUAGUGGUGACGGGAAACUGGCAGCUCAGUGACACGUUCUGUGAGUUCUGGACCUCUGUGGACGUCCUGUGUGUGACGGCGAGCAUCGAGACGCUCUGCAUCAUAGCAGUGGAUCGAUAUAUAGCCAUCACGAGGCCUCUCAGGCACAAAGUUCUCCUCAAUAAGUGGCGUGCCAGGGUAAUAGUUUGCCUAGUGUGGGUAGUGUCCGCUCUAAUUUCCUUUGUACCGAUUAUGAAAGGGUAUUGGAGAGAUGAUGACAAGGAGGCAAAGUGCUACAAUACCACUACAUGCUGUGACUUUGUGACCAACAGGGCCUUUGCUAUUAUAUCUUCUAUCGUGUCUUUUUAUAUUCCACUGCUCAUAAUGAUAUUUGUUUAUGCAAAAGUUUUUCUAAUAGCCACACGGCAGGUUCAGCUCAUAGAUAAGAAUCGCCUGCGUUUCCAGAAUGAUUGUCUAACAGCGCAGGUUAGCCCCUACAUCAACAAUAUCCUGCCAAACGCGUGUCCAGCCCCAAGCACCUUGCAGAGAAAGAGCGCCAAGCGGCGGCCGUCACGGCUGAUGCUCGUCAAAGAGCACAAGGCCCUGAAGACCUUAGGGAUCAUCAUGGGGACCUUCACUGUGUGCUGGCUGCCGUUCUUUGUGGCCAACAUCAUCAACGCAUUUGAAAGAGAUAUUCCCUCAGAGAAGAUCUUCAGACUCUUAAACUGGCUGGGUUACAUCAACUCUGGCCUCAAUCCUAUCAUCUACUGCAGGAGUCCGGAGUUUCGCACCGCGUUCAAGAACCUGCUGGGAUGUCCGUGGCUGCUGUCCACCCUGCGGCCAAAUAGUUUUUAUAAAGAGCUGAGGACUCGCUGCUCCUGCUUCCUAUGGCAGGCUGAGGCGGGGCACAGCCAGCUCUUUCCAGAAGUCUCCGAAGAGUAAGAGCGAUGGCUGUGAGAGUCUGGGCAGCAGUAUUGGAAGCAGAAAAAGUGACAAGGCUUCCCCUGGUGCUCUGCGCUCCAAUGGAAGCACACAGUUCAGCCGAAUUAUCAGAACCAGAAACCACAUUCUUCACAUUGCAGGAGAAGGAUUGAUGAACUGUCUAAUGUCAAGCUACUGAAGCAAACUGCAGUUGGUUACUGUGCGUCCCUGCUAAGGCCGGAAGAGCUGAGGAAACGUCCAACCACCGGCACUGAUAACCCCGAAGAGACGACGGGAUUGACUGUAGAGAAAAAAGCGGAUUUGGUCAGGAGGGGACAUGUCUCUGAAGACAGGAAAUGGACUGCUGUAGCUCGAAUCACAGACAAUAAGUGACACCAAGGUAUCCUGAAUGAGACGAUGAUGUUUUAAACGCAUUCCAGAUAACCUUUGGACAGUGUAUGUGACUUGUGGUGUCAAAAGUACGAGCUAAUUUUGUACAGUAUAUUAUCUGGUAAGUUAUCUAUUUAUGAUACACUGAAUACAACAUUUUCUAACUUAAUACAAAGUGGUGGUUCUGCUAUGGUCGUCACUGUCAGUGUAAUAUAAGCUAAACUAAAGGGCUUUGCAUUUAAAUGUUAAAUUCUGAUGUAUGUCUUCAGUCUUAAUCUUUCUGUUUCAAGCGUUAAAGUCACACAAUACUAUCCUUUUUAAAUCCAGUAGGGUUAUGGAUUUGUUUUCAAUUCUGAUUGACUGGCAGGUAAUAUGUUAUCGGCACAACCUUAACAUAAGUUCUUUAAACAUUAACAGUCAUAAAUAUUUUUCUAAAAAAGGUACAGUUACAAAUUGCAGGUUCAGAUAAGAAAACACAUCUGCUACAUGCUAUGUUAUCAGUCACACCCUACCUUGGCUCAAUAACACACUCUGAAAUGUCCAAAUAUAGAGAAAUAAUGGACAAUGGAGGAAAAAUCAUUAUUUUUGUUAUAUCCGGACACCUUGUUGUGUGUUAUUACGCACAUCAUCUGUUGCAUUGAAACUGUGUAAUAUUGUUCAUGUAUGCUCUGUAUGCAAAUUCACUGCCACAAAAAAUGAGUGCAAUAUGUUGACAUUUUAAAACUACUGAGUUGAUAGCAUUAAAAUAUUUUACUUUGAAACCGA